GGCUCUCCCUUUUCCCCUCCUUGGCGGGUGGAGGAGGUCGAAGCGGUGCUGGACGCGCUCCCCUUCCUCUCCGGCCACCUCCCCGGCGCUCUCGCGCUGCGCGGUCUCUCAGACGCAAGACUGUCCCGGCCCGGAUAUGGCUCGUGGACAGCAGAAGAUUCAGUCUCAGCAGAAAAAUGCCAAAAAGCAAGCUGGACAAAAGAAGAAACAAGGACAUGACCAAAAGGCUGCUGCCAAAGCUGCCUUAAUAUAUACCUGCACUGUUUGUAGGACACAAAUGCCAGACCCUAAGACCUUCAAGCAGCACUUUGAGAGCAAGCAUCCUAAGACUCCACUUCCUCCAGAAUUAGCUGAUGUUCAGGCAUAAAGUUGUUUACAGGUGAAUUCAUGACACCUUUGACUCUUCUACUGUCUCAGACCUUAGGUAACAAACCUGCAGCUGCUUUUCUAACAAACUGUUGAUCAGCAAAAAUAAAGGGGCUACAGAAACACUCAUUUUUAUGCUGUUCCCUUUUGGGCUUCAUGCAAAGACAAUUCUGUGUAAAUGUACAGUUGACUCUGAUUUGGAAAUCUGAAAAUCAGUCCAUCCUUGUUAUAAAAAUUUUUUUACAAUUGUAAUUAUAUUGAUGUUCAUAUUGUGUAAAAUAACUCAUUUAAUAAAGUAGUACUUUGAUUUUA